AUGGACCUCAAGUCGUUUAAAGUUGUCAUAGUGGGUGGCAGCGUUGCGGGGCUAUCACUAGCCUUGAUGUUAGAAAGAAAUGGCAUCGAUUUCGUCAUCCUAGAAGCAUACGGCAGCAUUGCACCUCAAGUCGGGGCUAGUUUUGGCGUUUUGCCCAACGGAUUCCGCAUUCUUGACCAGCUCGGUUGCUAUGAGUCAGUUCUAAAGAUGGCAGAAUACCCUAUGGACACAUUUCAUUUCCGUGAUUCGCAAGGACAACCAUUCUGGACAUUCAAUAACUUCAAGGAGACUUUAAUGGGAAGUCAUGGUUAUCCUGUCGUCUUCCUCGAUCGGCGCAUGUUGAUAGAGGUCCUCUUUGAAAAGAUCCAGAAUAAGGCCAAAGUUCUCACCUCUCAGCGGGUGCAGAGUGUUGAGAAUGGUACUUCGAGUGUCACAGUUACCACAACGACUGGUCAAACUUAUACCGGGAGUAUAGUGGUCGGAGCAGAUGGAAUUCACUCCAAAGUUCGUCAAGAAAUGUGGAAAGCGGCCGAAAAGAUAGAUCCCACGUGGAUUGAUCCCACCGAGAAAUCUGCACUGCCUGCAACCUACGCGUGCAUCUUCGGCAUUUCCAAAGGCGUGAAGGGAAUCGAGAAAGGCACACUGAGCUCGGUGCUCAAUGAGCAUUACUCAUAUCUUGUUCCCAGCGGACCCGGAGAUCUCACCUACUGGUUUCUUGUGCGGAAUAUGGGAAAGACGUACUAUGGUGAGGAGAUCCCUCGAUUUACCAAGGAGGAGGAGGAGGCGGUCGUAAAGGAACAUUUUCAUGACCAGAUCACUCCUACGCUGCAAUUUUCCGCUCUUUACAACAGCAAAAUCGCCUCGGUGUACACUAGUCUUCCAGAAUACGUCUAUAAAAGAUGGUAUUUCCAGAGAACUAUAACUAUUGGCGACGCCAGUCACAAGUUUGAGCCCUUGACAGGCCAAGGAGGCAACAAUGCAAUGGAAACCGCCGCAUCCUUGACGAACCAUCUCGUCGCGGCACUCCAAAACUGCAAGUCAAGCACGCUGUCAUUGGCAGACAUUUCCAACAUCUUUGAGGGCGUUCAGCGGCAGCGUGAAAGACGUGCGUGGGAGUUGGUCAAAGCAUCCCAUGCCCGGCAACGUCUGGAGUGUCAGGAAACGCCAUUCUUGAAGUUCGUGGGAAAAUGCGUGAUGCCACGGAUCCCGAAAUCCGUUUUCCUCAGCAAAUGGAUCGAUGCAUAUUCUCCCGCGGUGUCUUUGGACAUGCUUCCACUGCCACACAGGCCUCGAGAAAUCGCCUAUUUCGACGAGCGUUUCAGAACACCGUCAUCCCGAGGUGUAGUGAGCAUCGUGUUGUACGCUGCGUACUUCUGCUUGGCCUGGUUAGGCUAUCGCCAAUUAUCGACAGCAAUCAUUACAAAUGGAACAAUGGCGUUGGUCGACCAGGCAAUCCAGAGCCAGUCGGUGGUGUUCCCAGAAGGAGCUGAAGCUCCCCUGCGCCGGGUGUACACGGGGGUCGGACCCGUUGACCUUGUUCUAAAGGUCCUCGUUACGAUGUUCCUGCCUGCAGUCUCCGACUUCUCUACACCGGAGCAGCCCUUGCAAUUUCUGUACUUCCUGGCUUGGACGAUGCCAAUUUUCGCCAUCUGGACGGUUGAAGGGUUCCGGCCAAGAAACAAAUGGACCCUUCUCGGUACUCCGAGUCUGUGGGCUGUUCUGUAUCAGUUGCAUGGAUUUGGGCUGAUCGCACCGCUCUAUGUUUCAUCAAGCACUUAUAUUUCCUCUGGGAUAGCGUACUUUUCCCCAAGUACCCGCUCGCUUCCUGAGUCCACCGCUCGGGCGGUACUGCCUGCACUGAUGCUGGGAUUCGUUGUGCCCACAAUCAUGCUAUUUUUACCAUUGGCCGAUGCCCUGAAUAUGCGGCAAGUCUUUAUUGCGCUGUGGCAGCCGGCUCCGGUGUAUGUGGUUAUCUUGACUCGGAUGUUCUCCUGUGUCUUCAAAUCGACCGGUUCGAGCUCACCGGCCAAGAAUGAUGGUGCCGCGGCGCAGACCAAAUCUAACCGUGAUAUCCCAUACUUGCAAACCCUCUUCGCUGUGGCCGGUGGGAUAUCUGCUUGUUUCCAUGUGGCCUUGCUGCUAAGUUGGGCUGCCUUGGGAACCAAAUUCAUCACCAAGGCAUGCAUCCCAUCCGAGGCCUUUCCACAGGUGGCAAAAAUUGCAAACGGUGUCUUCAUAUUUUUCCAGAAUGACUUCCUGCUUGCGACAACGGCAACUCUCCUGUGGUGCCUAGCUAGCGUGUGGGAUUUAUACCGUAUUGGGGUUUCUAAUGUCUCCUGGCAGGUGGCCCUGGCUAGUUUGAUUCUGGGUUCCUUCGCGAUUGGACCGGGUGCGACUGUGGCAGCUGUGUGGUACUGGCGGGAGGAGGUUAUGAGUCGGACAUCUUUCCACCGGCAUGGUCCGGGUUUUUAG